AUGAAAAGGCGGAACUGUCGUGGCUCUACCUGGUACAGGAACCAGAUGCCGCCCGCAAGACCCGAUGAUCUGGUGGUGGAGAAGACUCCAGCCUACUUUCAUAUGCCUAAUGUUCCACGUCGAGUAAGGGACAUCUUGCCGGACAUCCGUCUGAUACUCAUCCUGCGAGAUCCCUUAGAAAGGACAAUAUCCGAUUAUUUACAGGUAAGUAACCGGAAUUCACGAAGGUUAGAUAACUUAACAAUUCUCGCAAACCCUCAAUGCAUUUCAGUGGAUUGUUUUUUUGUCAAAAAUGUUCUAUGCCACAUGAGAGUCCAUGUCACACUCAAUAUCCAUAACACAAAGCCGUCUUGCUUUUUCUUUUUCUUGAUUACAUAA